AUGGCUGCCAUGCUCAUAACGGGCCCCACGGCGCCGCCAUUGGAAACCUGCCAGAAGGCGGAACUAAAUAGCGGCCAGGCUAGUUUCCGCCACGCCAUUCCGCCAUGGGGGAUAUUGACUCGUAAUGUAAAUGAUAAAGCCUCAUUCCACAGUAGCUCGCUAGCUUCAAUAACUGAUUCCAGAGGCUUCUCUAGAACCUCUUAUAUACCAAGCGCCACUGGUACCACUGGAACUGGAGCUCGUUCUGUCAUUCAUUCAGAUCUGCUGCAUCUUCUAAAUAGAACUACCCCAUCAUCACUUUCUCAAGUUCAGCAGAUCCAUGCUCAACUGCUUAGAACAGGUCUUUGUGACCACCUCCCUCAUUGUAGAACCAAGCUCAUCUCGCUCUACUCCAACUACAACCAUUUUUCGGAUGCAAAAAACCUUCUCCGUUCCCUCACAAAACCCGAUCUUCUCUCAUUCACUACACUAAUUAAUGCAUCUUCCAAAUGUAAUGAUUUUAGAUACACUUUGAGUUUAUUCUCUCAUAUGCUCACAAGUGGGCUUGACCCUGAUGCCCAUGUUAUUCCAAGCAUUAUCAAGGCCUGUGCCGGACUAUUGAUGGAUAAAAUCGGAAAGCAAGUUCAUGGAUUUUGUUUGUCGUCCGGGCUCUCCAUGCAUCCUUUCGUUGAGUCUUCCUUGCUCCAUUUUUAUGUGAAAUGUGAAGACCUAGAUGGUGCUCACAAGCUGUUCAAUAAAAUGGCUGAGAGAGAUGUUGUUUCAUGGAGCGCGUUGGUUGCUGCUUAUGCGAGGAAAGGAGAUGUGGAAAAUGUGAACAAGGUAUUCGGUGAGGUUAAUCUUGGGUUUGAACCGAAUAUUGUUUCCUGGAAUGGUAUGAUUGCAGGAUUCAAUCAGAGUGCGUGUUUCCUCGAUGCAGUUUUGAUGUUCAAGAAGAUGCUUUCACAUGGUUUUGUAGCCGAUGGGACUAGCAUUUCUAGUGUUCUUCCUGCAAUAGGUGAUCUGGGGUAUUUAAGCAUAGGCACUCAAGUUCAUGGGUAUGUGAUCAAGACCGGCUUUGCUGUCGAUAAGUGUAUUGCUAGUGCACUUAUUAAUAUGUACAGUAAAUGCAGCAGUGUAUUAGAAAUGAUGCGAGCGUUUGAGGAUAUUAGCCAAGGGGAUGUUGGGGCUUGCAAUGCCUUAAUAGGAGGCCUUGCUAGACAUGGGCUCGUUGACCAGGCGCUUAAGGUAUUUGAAGACCUUCGAGUCCGAGGAAUGGAUUUGAAUGUCAUUUCAUGGACUUCAGUAAUAGCUUGUUGCUCACAACACGGUAAAGAUAUGGAGGCUCUGAACCUGUUCAGAGAAAUGCAGUCUGCUGGUGUGAGACCGAAUUCCAUAACCAUUCCUUGCUUGCUUCCAGCUUGUGGAAAUAUUGCAGCACUAAUGCAUGGAAAGGCUGCACACUGCUUUUCUGUCAGAAGGAACAUUUUGAACAAUUUUUAUGUAGGUAGUGCACUGAUAGAUAUGUAUGCCAAUUGUGGUAAGAUCCAAGCUGCUCGAUUCUAUUUCGACAAUAUGCCUGCUCGUAAUUUGGUUUGUUGGAACGCAAUGUUAGGCGCAUAUGCAAUGCAUGGAAAGGCGAAAGAGGCUAUUGAAUUUUUUCAGUCUAUGCAGAGAAAUGGUCAAAAACCCGAUUCCUUUAGUUUCAUCAGCCUCUUAUCGGCAUGUAGCCAAAGUGGUCUUACAGAAGAAGGGAAAUACUAUUUUGAAAUCAUGUCCAAGGAUUAUGGUCUUGAAGCUGGAGUAGAGCAUUAUUCAUGUAUUGUGAAUCUGCUUGGUCGAGCCGGAAAACUACAAGAAGCCUAUUCCGUGAUCAAGAAAAUGCCGCUCGAGCCUGAUGCUUGCGUUUGGGGUGCAUUGUUAAGUUCCUGUAGACUUCAUCAUGACAUGAGCUUGGGUGAGGUUGCUGCGAGUAAAUUGUUUGAAUUAGAACCAAGGAAUCCUGGAAACUACAUUCUGCUGUCUAAUAUUUAUGCUUCUAAAGGAAAAUGGGAAGAAGUGGAUAAAGUUAGAGAUAUGAUGAGAGAUAAGGGGAUGAGGAAGAAUCCUGGCUGCAGUUGGAUCGAGAUAAAAAACAAAGUAUACAUGCUUUUGGCGGGUGACAGAUCACUUCCACAAAUGGCUCAAAUUCUGGAUAAGUUGGCCAAACUGAGCAUAGAAAUGGAGAAAGCAGGUUACUUGAGACACACAAGCGAUGUUCUACAAGAUGUUGAGGAACAAGAGAAGGAGCACAUCUUAUGUGGGCACAGUGAGAAGUUGGCUGUAGUUUUUGGUCUCCUGAAUACUAGUCAAGGGUCUACUUUGAGGGUUACAAAGAACCUGAGGAUCUGUGGAGAUUGCCAUGUUGUUAUAAAAUUUAUAUCUAGAUUUGAGAGAAGAGAAAUUUUUGUCCGAGACACAAAUCGGUAUCACCACUUCAAAGAUGGAGACUGCUCAUGUGGGGAUUACUGGUACAAAGAAAAUGAAAUACACGCCGGUGGUGGUUGUGCAUUGGUCGAAUGGAGGUUAGAUCGCGGAUGCACUAGCGAAUCGGAUGAUUAUGUAUUUUUGAGUUAG